CGAGAUGUUGCGCGGCUCCUCUCAGCUCGGCCAUGUCCUCCAACACCACUAUUCUCGAUCUUGUCAAGUCUCUACCGAGAAGGGUUAUCAAUAGAUACCGCCGUCUUCCUUUGUACGGCAAAGCGAUUGUCUGGCUAUGGAUUCUGUUCGAAAUCCUCCUCGUCAUUGCACUGAUCAUCAUUACUCCUAAGCGUGUUGGACAAUUUUUGUACGACAACGCAGAGAAGCUUGCCCGACUUCGCUUUGGGUGGCUAAUAGUAGCGACUGUCGUCGUGCUCACUUCAUUCCCUCCUUUUCAUGGUCACACAACGGUGACGACAUUAUGCGGGUUCGCCUGGGGAUUGAAGGGGUUCUAUAUUGCUGCACCAGCUAGCCUCAUCGGCAGCACUCUCGUGUUUGUGACUCUCCGUGCAAGCUUCAAAGAGAGGCUGCGUUCGUUUUCCAAAUCGAAUGAGAAGUGGUCGGCGCUGGAAGCUGUCAUUGCCGCCAAAGGUCUACCUCUGAUCAUCCUGAUUCGGAUGUCCCCUCUUCCGCCCUAUGUAUACUCCAAUGUGAUGUUUUCAUCGAUCUCCUCUGUUGCUCUGUGGCAAUUCGUCGUGGCUACAUGUUUUGUGUUCCCUAAGAUCUUUCUGCAAGUCUUUAUCGGCUCUCGCAUUGCUGCACUGUCCGAUGGAGAGCAGCGGGACAAGAUGGACCCACACACCAAGAUGCUCAACGGUGCCCUUAUCGGAGGUGGAAUAUUCAUCGCUAUCUCUGCUAGUUGGCUGGUAUAUCGCCUCGUCACCAAUCAUAUCAGAACACUGCCGGGAGUCCCACCAGAAGUAGACGAACAGGCUGCAGAGGCUAUCGAGGGGAGCGAAACUGCUCCUCUGCUAGGAGCCGACUCAGUUUAGAUUGUCUACUUAUAUCAGUGCUAUAAUUUCGUGUAAACCAUGCCGAAUAAUCAUUCAAUAGUAAUGCAGGAA